AUGUCUGGUAACCAAGCCCCAUCCGACUUCUACUCCUUCACGCACGUCGACACUGUCCACCCCAAGUUCACCAGGCGCUUCGAGCCUAUCUCCAACCCCGACCACACCGCAACCUACGCUCACGCCCCCGAAGCAGGAGACAACGACCCAGACAUCUAUACCUACGAAGGCUACUCCUACGCCAAUCAACCCUCUAUCCGUGCACCAGGCAACACAGAUUUAGACCUCGACGCCGACGCAGACCCCUACGUCUACGGCGAUGAAGACGGCGACGCUGAUCUACGCGUGAAGACUACAUCUUUUGAUAAUGGCGAGGGGAGCACGGUGUAUGACCCCGAGAGUGGCGCGUAUGAUCAGAUUCUCGAUUACACCACCGGCCCAGGCGGAUAUCGGCAUCAUCGCGAGCGAAUGACGGAGGAUGGCGUGUUCCAGGCGCGGGAUGUUGUGAAGCGGGGCGACGGUAGUAGACAUGUUCAUCGCGAGUACGACAAUCCGGGUACAGGGACAAGGACUGUUCGUGACUAUGAGAGAUGA